UGACCCCGUAGUCUCGCGUUUUCGUGACGAGACCAGAAAUCAAAAACCGGAACUGACUGGACGCGACGAACACCGAGAAAAUAACGAAAUUUGGACGAUUUUGAGGCACAGUCAUGCCGAAGAGGAAGCGCCAGACCAGGAGCCAGAGCAGCUCGGAGUCAGACUUCACCACCGAGGACUCCGAUGCCUCCGUUGACGUGGAGUCUGACGACAACCCGGGCAGUCGGCGGGUCACCAGGGGCAGCGCCAAGAAGAUGAGUCAAGGUACCAAGCCUCGACAGAAGGGCUCUCCAACAAACCAAAAGCUUCAGACUGCUCGAAAGCUUUUCCAGCAGUCUAGGCUUGUCGGCACAACCACCAAGUCUUCAGCCAGGAAAUCCCCUGCUUUACCUGCACUGUCCCACACUAAAGGCAGCACCAGCCCUGCACGACGUAGGUCCAUCCAGCUAAAGCUAUCCCCCUCUAGCCUGCUCCUUAGACGGCCCAGCCCAGCUAAGGCAGCACCCACCCACCCCAGACACCCCCCUGGCAUACGGAGGUCCCUGCAUGCUGGUAGAGGUGGGGUGAAGCUCGUUAGAGGUAGAGGCUUGCAAACCACUCCGAAGAGAGGGCAGCCAGUGGUGAAUGGAGGACUCAGCCCAGGAAAAUCUGCAGCUAGAUCCCCCCAAAAUCUGCUCAAGAAACCGACAGGUAGAUCCCCAAGAUCUCCUAGAUCCCCUGCUGAUCUUCCCAAAAGAUCCAUUUCUGGAUCACCCAGGUCCCCAGCUUCUCUGCCCAGAAAAUCCCCAGGUCGACCCCACAAUAACUUGCUCAAGAAAUCCCCAGCUAAGUCCCCACGAUCCCCCAAGUAUCUGCUGAAGAAAUCCCAAGUUGGAUCGCCAAGAUCCCUAAAUGGUCUCCCGGGGAAAUCUGCAGCCAGGUCCCGGAGAUCCCUUCUUGCUUUGCCAAGGAGAUCCACAGCUAGAUCCCCCCGAGCCCCCGUGGGUCGCCCCGUGGGUCGGGGGCGGAAACCCAGACCUGUAUGUGCAAUAUCUCUCCCCGCAGGUGAUGGGGCGGAGCAGUCGGAGCGGCUGGAGGAGUACAGUACCCGCUCCCGGUCCUCCAUCCUCCACCCCAGCCAGCGCAGCACGGCCAACGCCUCCCCCACCAGGCACGCCGCCAAGGCCACCUCCUCCGAGUCGGAAUCAGAGGGGCUGGCGGAGGAGGCGGGCAGGAGGAAGGGGCUGAAGAGGACUGCCAAGGCCAUGAGUUACUACGGCUCUCCCCCCAAACGGCACAACCUGGGGGAGACAAGGUGCCCUAUGCCAGGAUGUGACUCCAUGGGUCACUUCACAGGGAAGUUUGAGACCCACUGGACUUUGUCUGGCUGCCCACUGUACCACAACCUGACUAAAGAGGAGUGCAAGGUUCGAGCCACGGACAGAGAAUCAAAACAGAAAGUUCGAGACAAAAUCAAGAAGGAGGUUAAAGACGAUGCCCACAUGGCUCUUAGAAACCCUAGUCCCACCAGAAGUCAGAAGGAGUACAAGGAGAAGGUGAAGGAACAACGGAAGGUCAAGCCAGUCAUCUCCGAGGAACAGAAGGAGAAGGCCAGACAACACAAGAAAACCCAUGAGAACAACCGAGAGCCGCUGUUAGAAGGGCUGACGUCACAGUAUGACCUGGAGCUGUUCAGAGAGGCCCAGGCCAGAGCUGCUGAGGACAUGGAGAAGAACGCGGUGUUCCAGGAGGCUGAAGUCCAGCAGGGCACGUUGUUUGAGGCUGGGCUGAAGACCAUCCAGUUUGGGCGGUUUGAACUGGACACCUGGUACUCAUCACCCUACCCGGAGGAGUACGCACGCCUGCCCAAACUCUACAUCUGCGAGUUCUGCCUCAAGUACAUGAAGAGUGCCACCAUACUCAGGAGACACAUGGCAAAGUGUGUGUGGAGACACCCCCCUGGGGAUGAGAUCUACAGAAAAGGUAGCAUCUCCGUGUUUGAAGUGGAUGGACAGAAGAACAAGAUCUACUGCCAGAACCUGUGUCUGCUUGCGAAGCUGUUUCUAGACCACAAGACACUGUAUUACGACGUGGAGCCCUUCCUGUUCUAUGUCAUGACAGAGGCAGACACCACGGGAUGUCAUGUUGUCGGAUACUUCUCCAAGGAGAAAAACUCCUUCCUGAACUACAAUGUCUCCUGCAUCCUGACCCUGCCGCAGUACAUGAGGCAAGGCUUCGGCAAGAUGCUCAUAGACUUCAGCUACCUCCUGACGCGGGUGGAGGAGAAGACAGGAUCACCAGAACGACCUCUGUCUGACCUUGGGCUGAUCAGCUACAGGAGUUACUGGAAGGGAGUUCUGCUGAAGUAUCUGCACGAGCACAAACAUGACAGGGAGAUCUCCAUCAAAGACUUGAGUACAGAGACUGGAGUGAACCCAUACGACAUUGUCAGCACCCUACAGGCCAUGAGCAUGCUCAAGUACUGGAAGGGCAAACACAUUGUACUGAAGAGACAGGACUUGAUUGAUGAGUAUCUAAAGAAGCAGGCGAGCAAGCCCCCAGAUCACAAGGCCAUCGACCCCAACUCCUUAAAGUGGACUCCUCCAGUCACUACCAAGAGAUGAGGGGGGCAGCUUCAGUAUAUUAAACCUCGUAGCACAGAAAACUUGAGUGUUAAACCAUGCGGUACAGAGCAGGACUCAGUGUAAUGGCUCACAACCAUGGGUACCUACACCAUAAAACUAUUGUGUGUUCUUUACUGUUACUUUUGGAGGACUGGGUAAAUGAAUGAAUUGCUCUUCAAGGAUCUCUUCCUGUAUAACUAUAGAUGCAUGACAAAAACAUAGGAAACAAAGACAAAACAAUAUAAUGAGACAAGAAAACGAGAGCUUCAGUAUAUGAAUAAAAGAAAAACUAAGGAAAUGAAGUUUACACCACCCAUAAUUUGCCAUCCUAUGUACCUAAUAUUGUAUUUCUAUUCCUGUUUUUAUUAUAACUGUGAGUUGACAGUUACCUGUUACUGUUUUACACGUGUUUGCCAUGCCUUUGUGUAAGGAGAACGGGAGUUCUCUUCUUCACAAGUUCCGAAGAAAGCCAAGCCCUCUAUUGUAAAUCCAACAGCCUCAGUGUGUAUAGACUAAGAUAUUACCUGUACAUUGAAUGUUGUGAUAUCCUAUUCACCUAGAUGGGUUUUAAGAAAUCUGUACAGAAACACUUGUCUAAAGGAGGAUUAAUGUCACAUGUUGCAGUGUAGGACCAAGUUAACCUUCUCUCUGCUGCCUCAGUCUGUAACCAACACAGUUUAUUACCAAAAGGCUUACACUUCAGGGAGAAGGUUAAGAUAGUUUACUUGUGUUGGAGAAUGUUUAUAGUGUAAACCGAUUGUGUGUUUGGAAAAGCAAUGCCUGGAAGUAGCCUGGUAGGCAGUACUGUUUGGUUUCAUUCUGCUACUCAGAGUCUUUCGAUUUCCUACAAAUACUAGUAACAGAAAGACCAGUAGCCAAAGUGUACUGGUAUCCAGGCUACUAGUACCUCUAUUAUACAUGAUUGCUUGUUGCUCCUAUCCUCAACUAGUCAUUGCAUCGGUCUGACACUAAAGGAAUAUUGACAUGGUUAAGAUAAAUAUAGUU